GCGUAUUCCGGAGUCGAGGUUUAAAACCCGCGCCCAGGGAUCCAAGGUCAAGCCCUUAUUCUUGCCCUAUCUUUCGUCGGAAUCGUUCGCCUUCUCGUCUUUCUUAGCCUGUUUCUUGGGAAGAGAUGGCCUGGAGAUCGCUCCAUCUCUUUCGAGAUCUUUAUAGGAGCCGUGAUGCCUUCCCUAAACCCUUCCUCCAAAGCCCUAUCGCUACCCUUCUCCACCCAGCGCUCUCUUCAGCUCUUCUUCAGAGGAGAUCUCACGCGGAUGCGGCUCCUCCACCGUCUGCGGUUCAAAACCCCAAGGCGAGCAACGCCAGUGGAGACGAAAACAAAUCGCCUCCCUUCCGUUCCUCCUUGAAUGAAGCCGAGGUUGCUAAGUUUGCCGCCAUUGCUGAAACCUGGUGGGACUUUGAAGGUCCCUUCAAACCAUUGCAUUUGAUGAAUCCUACUCGAGUAUCAUUCAUUCGCUCCACACUUUGCCGACAUUUUAAGAAAGAUCCAUAUUGCGCUAGGCCUUUUCAAGGAUUACAAAUUAUUGACGUUGGAUGUGGAGGUGGCAUUCUCUCGGAGCCGCUUGCUCGGAUGGGAGCUACUGUUACAGGCAUUGAUGCUGUGGAAAAGAAUAUCAAGAUUGCUCGCAUUCAUGCUGUAUGGUCAAUCUCGCCUUACAACAAAAAUGCAUCGGAUCCUGUAACUUCAUCUAUUGAAUAUUGUUGCACGACAGCUGAGGAACUGGUUAAAGUGAAUAAGAAGUUUGAUGCUGUGAUUGCCCUUGAGGUAAUCGAGCAUGUUGCAGAUCCCUUGGAGUUCUGCAAAUCCCUGGCAGCAUUAACGGCUCCUGCUGGUGCUACUGUGAUCUCUACCAUUAACCGCUCUGUGAGAUCAUAUGCUACUGCCAUAAUUGCUGCCGAAUACCUUCUCAACUGGCUACCAAAAGGUACCCAUCAGUGGUCAAGAUUUCUCACUUCCGAGGAACUAGUGUUGAUCUUGCAAAGGGCUUCGAUCUCUGUACAGGAAAUGGCAGGGUUCGUUUACAAUCCAUUGACCGGAGAGUGGUCUCUAUCAGAUGAUACAAGUGUAAACUUCAUUGCAUUUGGUACCAAGGGGAGUGAGUGUGACUCGUGAAGUAUGUAUCUCUUCAAAUUACAGCCAACCGCUGGUCCAUCUCCACUAGUCCUGCUAGAGAGCAUGGGUUUUGUUCAAUGUUUGUCAAAGGAGCAUUACUGAACAGCAGCUGGUUUAGAUUUUUUUUCCCCCGUCUAAUCUGGUAUGUCAUUCCUGCAGAAUUGAAGUAACAAGGGUCUAUCAGCCUCAGGAUGGCUGCUUCAUCUGAUCAAUGGAACAAAGCAGCUUACAGAUAAACCCUUGUAGUAUGAACUUCAUGGUCUCUUGACUCAAGGCAUCUAGGGAUCUUCUUCUUUUAUUUUGUUUUCCAAAUAUUUAUAGCUUUUUCUCACCUGUAGGCAAUUGGUGUAGAUGGUUGAUUCAUUUAAAAAAGUAUUUUAAAAGCUACAACUUUUGUCAAGAUUUACGCUAGGAGGGUCAAUUUCAGAUAAUAAAUGAUACUGUAUAUUUCUUAAUCAGUAUCAAGACAUGAUUGGUUAUAUGUGUACCUUUUAUAUUGAGAAGUAACAUUGUUACAUGAGAACUAGUGGUUUAUUUUUUCA